AAGUGGGGAACCAUAAGCGACAUUUGAAUCAUUCCCUCGUUGGCGCUCGUUUGGUGUGGUCGACUUGUCUCAAAGAGUUUUAACACGUUUCGUCGCGUUUACUUAAUCUUAAUAAAUUGAGAGAAAAAAGGUGUGAUUAUUUGAAAGUGUGAUUUUUACUAAUUCGGACUAGAAUUGGAAUUAAUUAUCAAAAAGAUGUUUCUUAAUACUUAAUUUUAAUUUAGUUUAAAAUAUUUUUUAACGCGGUGACAGACCACUAAACAAAAUGUUGUUAAAAAUAUUAAUUUUGAGUAUUGUGUUGUGUUUAGUAUUCGCCGAAGAUUAUUGUACUUCACAUUUAUUUAAAACACACAGUGAUUUAAUGCAAUUUACAAAAGAAGCUCCAAAUUUACAAUAUGCUAUUUCCGGAAAAUUUAAAGCUCUUCAUUGUUGUGCUUUUGGAUAUAGAAGUAUUGAAUGGUUGAAAGAUGGCGUGCCUCACCCUUGGCCAGGAAAUUUAUCUACCUUCAUCAUUUAUCCUAAUAGCGCUAAUCAAACGAUCUACACGCACAAUGUUAACGGGGGUGAUAAGGGAAAUUACACUUGCGUUCUAAAGAACGAUACGGAUAUUAUUAUACAUCCGAUUCAAUUAGAAGUAUUUGAACCAGGAUUUACACCAGAUGAUCCAAAAAUAACAUACGUUUCAAAAGAUGUAACCGCACGGAUUGGAAAUUACGUUAGAUUGUUCUGCGAAGCUUUCGUAGAUAAAGUGAAUCUACCAGAUGCUGAAAGUCAAGUAGUUUGGCUCAAAAAUGGAUCAAUACCCAGUGGAAAUAAUAUUAGGAUAGAUGCAGUGAGCAGAGAUAAUUUUACAAUUGGUUCCUAUUUAAUAAUAGAUUCAAUCAAUGAAGAAGAUUUCGAUACUUAUACGUGCCGAAUUACCACGCCAGGAAAAGUAGAAACAAUCGCAGUGACCAUAAGCAAAUAUACACCAUAUUAUUUAAAUCCAAACCCCGUACCUCUAAAAAACAUCUUAUUAUUAACAAUAAUCGCAUCUCUAAUCAUUCUAACCUUCUUAAUCUUGUAUAAAAGUUUUGGUUUAGCAGCGAGAGUUUACAUAAAAGAUCAUUCAAUACUUGAAGAUUAUGUUCCAUACAUCACCGACGUUUUAAUAGUUUAUUCAUCAGAUGAUGAUGAAACCUUCGUUUUUAUGUUGAUGAACGUGUUAACAACUAAUUUCCAUUACAAUUGUAAAAUGAUUAAGUUGCCAAAUUACAUUGAAAAUAAAUGUGCUUCGAUUGAAGAAGAUAUCACGAAUAGUUACGCCGUCAUUACGGUGUUAUCGCCAACUACUAUGCAAGAAAAUUGGACGGCGAAAAGUCUUUAUGCUGCGUUAAAAAAUAUAGAACAUUUAGGAAGAAAACAUACUUGCAUCGUUUUGAAAGAAUUGCCAAAAUGUGAAAUGGUGAAAAAUUCCAUUGGGGAAACUUUGGAAACUUUAGUUAAUAAAAUGAAUGUAAUCCAGUGGAGAAGAAGGCAAGAAGAGAGCAAGUUUUGGUUAAAUCUUAGACUUAAAUUGCCGCCUAUUCGAAGAAGUUAUUGCAACAACCCGUCAUAAAGAGUUAAGACUGAUGAUAAAAAAUAAAGUUGCCAGUCAACUGAUCUGCUCUCAAUGUAGUGUAAAUAUUUAUUCUAUUCUUGGAUAACUGUAAAAGUUUUAAUGAAAUAAAAAAGAUAGGAGUAUAAAAUAAAUAAACAAAACUAUCUGUGAGAAAUAGCUUCGUCUCGAACUUUCCUGUUUUUAUUUAAUAUAAUUGUAUUUUUUUUUGAUAUACAAUAUAAGUAUAUGUUAUGUUAUUUGUAGGUUAUAUUCAAUAAUCACUAAAUACUGUACAUUUAUCAAAAGUACGUAAUAAAAUUCUUGUAAUAAAUCUAAUUAAAAUUUG